CUGUGAGCUUUUUGAUUUGGAGGAGCUGGUUCACCAUCAUUAGAGUUGGUAGACUCCAUUGAUUCAUUUUCUUUCGCCAAAGGUGAAGGGGCAGGCAAAUGAUCACUGUUGGGACAAGUGAGCUUCUCGUUGGUUUUUCAAUGGCAGGGGUGCAAGGGUUCGUUGAAGCAGAUAAUGCAGAGGCCAUAAUCGCAAGAAUCGAACACAAAUCUAGAAAGAUCGAGAGCCUUCUGAAACAGCAUAAGCCAGUUGAAGCUCUGAAAACGGCGCUUGAAGGUUCUCCUCCGGCGACCCGAGUUGAGCGUUGCAAGACAGCAAUCAGGCAUAAGCCAGUUGAAGCUCUGAAAACGGCGCUUGAAGGUUCUCCUCCGGCGACCCGAGAUGAGCGUUGCAAGUCAGCGAAUUGGAUAGUGGUACAUAGAGCAUUAAUGGCUAUAAAGGAUGUAGAAGGCAUGUUCUCUUCUUUGGAUCCCGAGUACUAUGAUAUUCUUAUGAAGUAUCUGUACAGAGGCUUGUCAACUGGAGAUCGCCCUACAUGUGAUCAGUGCCUUAGGAUUCAUGAAAAGCUGACUGAGAGAGCUGGUUUGGGAUGCAUUCUUCGUUGCCUUGCUGACACUGUGAAUACUGUCUGAGACAGUGAUGUUCACCAUUCCCAAAAACAGGGAAGCAUUGGCCAUCUGUGCUUUACUUUUUACUUUAAUUAUGUUCAUCAAUUCAUUUUGGAAUUAGUGUUUUCUUAAUUUGUCUGGUUUUUCAUUUAAGACUUUUAAGUUGUCCACAUCAGCUUACCAAAUUGCCUCUUAAAUAGGAAGGCAGGAACAGAUUUAAGGGUUCUGCCUCUAGUCUUCUCCCAAUAUUCGACCAAGCUUGAGUAGCGAAGGAAACAUAGCCAAGAUAACUACGAAUGAGGAUUUAUCUGCUUGGGAUUUUUAUUCAAACACAUGGCAAACAGUAUUUAAUUAAGCCUGAAAAAAUAAAAACUUAUAUACAGCAUCUUAUCGAUUAUCCCAGAAAAUUUGGUUCUUUAUAAGUUGAUAAGAAUUCAAUUUUUUUUUCCCUUGGAAUUAAGAUGAGAAUUCUUUGCUUAAUCAGUGAGGUUUUGUACAUAAUUAUUAUUAACAUCAUUUGGAAUUGCAAACAUGUAACAUCAAAUUCUUCCAGGCAUAAGUACUAAGAGAAUUAUAAUGAAUAAAGGAAUUAAUU